ACUCAUUUCCAUUUCAACUUCUAGAUUCUUCGUGGUUGUUUACAUUUUAUUCAUCUGCGCGAUUUCAUAACAAAAAAAUAUAUUACAGUAGCUCGAAAAGUAUACCAUUGAACCGAUAUUCUACAUUAAAACCAGUAAGUGAACUAUUUUCAAGAUGUUGUCCCGUAUGUGCGUAGCUCGGUCCGCCUUCAACGUAAGCCAGACAUUGAAGACUCCAGUCCCUCAACGAUUCGUUCCAAAGAACUAUGUUAUUCGAAACUACGCUCGGGAGCCUCGCUCCAGGGUCGCCACUCGCACCAACCCGACGCUCUGGGAGAGACUGAUGGCCCCGGCUGGACCUAAUGCAUUCAGUUUAGGCAAAGGUGCAUUAGCUGGUGCUUCGGCUGUAGGAAUCGUCGCACUCUGUUAUUACGGAUCCGGAGUGAAGCCUGGCACAUUGCAGGAAUCUCAUUUAUGGCCACAGUAUGUGAAGGACCGCAUCAAGACAACCUACGCCUACAUUGCCGGAUCACUAGUGCUGACUGCAGGAAGUGCGGUCACGGUGUUCAGGACCCCAGCUCUGCUAAACCUGGUUGCAAGGAAUGGAUGGAUGUCAAUCAUCGUAACCCUUGGUUUGAUGAUUGGUUCCGGGAUGGUGGUGCGUGGCAUGGACUACACACCAGGGUUUGGUCCUAAGCAGCUUGCCUGGAUAGCGCACACUGGUAUCAUGGGUGCCGUCAUCGCUCCCAUCUGCUUCCUUGGAGGACCUAUUCUCAUGCGUGCUGCUUGGUACACAGCAGGCGUGGUGGGCGGUCUCAGCACGAUCGCGGUGUGCGCGCCGUCGGGCGAGUUCCUCAACAUGCGCGCGCCGCUGGCCAUGGGGCUCGGCGCCGUGUUCGCCGCCAGCAUCGCCGGCAUGUUCCUGCCGCCCACCUCCGCGCUCGGGGCUGGCCUAUACUCCCUCAGUCUGUACGGCGGCCUGAUCGUGUUCGGCGGGUUCCUGUUGUACGACACGCAACACAUCAUCAAGCGCGCCGAGACGCACCCCACCUUCGGGUACAAGCCCUAUGACCCCAUCAACUCAGCGGUGUCGGUAUACCUGGACGUGUUGAACAUCUUCAUGCGGAUCGCCAUGAUCCUGUCCGGAGGAGGGAACAGGAGGAAGUAAAUAGUGUAGCGCGGUAGAACUAGUCAUAAUAUUUACACACAACAUACUUACUAAUCAUACUUUUAUUCGAACGUCAUUCGAUUCGAUAUUCGUCUCAAUAUUUAUGAACCCAGUUUCGAUUAAUUAUGCUCUAAUUCGUUAUAAGUUUGGCACUGAUAUGUAAAUUAUAGAUUCAAACGGAACGUGCUAGAUCCGUUUCUGAUUACAAAUACAUACCUACUAAUUAUGAAAUUAUACCCUUGUAUGGCAUUUUAGCUCUCGAAAAAUUUAUAUGUUUCGGCUUUGUAUUUUUCCAGAUGCUUUAAAGUUGUGAUAUUAUAGUAUCGUAGAAUAAUUUAGUCUGUUAUCUAUGUUAAUGUUAAGUUACUUAAUUUUGGUGUUAAUAAAUUUUAAAGUACCUACCUAAUUUAA